GGGUACUCUUAUUCUUGGUCUUCUUACUAUCAACGCAACCUUUUGCAGCUUGAGAGAGAGAGAGAGAGAUCUCAAAUCCAUUCCUAUAUCUUCUCCUUCCUUUACUUCCCUCUCUUCAAGUUUCAGCCACACAAGUCAAGUUUCAAAGGCAACGCGAACGCAACCAUGGCAAAUGCAGCUUCCGGAAUUGCGGUCCAUGAUGACUGCAAGUUGCGGUUUUUGGAGCUCAAGACAAAAAGGACUCACAGGUUCAUAGUUUUCAAGAUUGAGGAGAAUCAGAAGCAAGUCAUUGUGGAGAAGCUUGGUGAGCCAGCUCAAGGCUACGAAGAUUUCGCUGCUUGCCUCCCUCCUAAUGAGUGCCGCUAUGCUAUAUAUGAUUUCGAGUUCUUAACCGAAGGCAAUGUCCCCAAGAGCAGGAUUUUCUUCAUUGCUUGGUCUCCUGACACAUCAAGGGUUAGAAGCAAGAUGAUUUAUGCAAGCUCCAAAGACAGGUUCAAGAGGGAACUCGAUGGGAUUCAAGUAGAGUUGCAAGCAACUGAUCCUUCUGAGAUGGAUCUUGAGGUGAUCAAGAGCCGCGCCAACUAAACUAUUACAAAUAGCAGGCUUUGUUAUGGGAACUAUGCUCCGGUGUUCCCCUUUAAGGCCUUACUUACUUUUAUGGAAAUUCUUAGUUUCUGGGUUGCUGACCAGUUAUGGUCUCGGUUUCCCGAGUUGUGGUAUAAUGUCUAUUGCACUUUUAACAAUAUUCGCAUGUUCUAUUGUCUCAUGAUUUGUGGUUUUAUACAACGUUUGCUUUGGAGUGGCAUUUUAAUCUUAUGGUUACUAGCUGAAUUUGUAA